UCUGUGCCAUAUACUCUGUAAGCUUCUGUAUCACGCUGCUAUGAGGAAAAUAACCUGUGUGUUUGUUGGCAGCACGGGACAGACAAUUGGCCUGUGAAGUGUUUCUACCCUGAAGUGUGGAAUAGAGCUGCUAAACGGCAAUGGUACCUGUGCAGAAUGCGGAGGACCUCAACCAACAGUGCAGGAAAAUGAGAACAGGGGAGAGUGAUGAUAACAGAGGCGACAGCAGCAGCAACGCCAACCUACACAAGCUUCCGUCUCAGACAGGAUGCGGAACGUUUACUUUUCUGUCAUCUGCCAUUGCUGCCAUCAGUGGAUUCCUAAUGGGUUAUGAACUAGGACUCAUCUCUGGGGCUCUUCUUCAGCUAAGCAGUAUACUAGCGCUUUCUUGCAAACAACAGGAAAUAGUUGUAAGCUCCCUCCUCAUUGGGGCCUUACUAGCCUCACUUACUGGUGGAUUUCUAAUAGACCGAUUUGGAAGGAGAAUUGCGAUUAUUAUAGCAUCUUGUUUACUUGUACUGGGAAGCCUGAUCUUGAUACUCAGUACAUCAUAUGGCAUACUUAUUGCAGGACGGAUUGCUAUUGGUAUUUCAAUAUCAUUAUCCUCAAUUGCAACAUGCGUAUAUAUCGCUGAGAUAGCCCCACAGCACAGAAGAGGCCUGCUUGUAUCAUUGAAUGAACUUAUGAUUGUGAUUGGCAUUCUUUUUGCCUACAUUGCAAAUUAUGUAUUCGCCAGUGUUUCCCAUGGCUGGAAGUAUAUGUUUGGCCUUGUGAUACCAAUAGGUGCCUUGCAAGCUAUUGCCAUGUAUUUCCUUCCACCAAGUCCUCGGUUUCUUGUUAUGAAAGGUGGUGAUGAAGCUGCUAGCAAGGUACUGGGAAGGUUAAGGGCAACUUCAAAUAAUGCUGAAGAACUCACUGUGAUCAAGUCUUCUUUGAAAGAUGAACAUCAGUACAGUUUCUUGGACCUGUUUCGUUCAAAAGACAACAUGAGAGCCCGAAUGCUAAUAGGCCUCACUCUAGUGUUUUUUGUGCAAACAACAGGGCAGCCUAACAUUUUAUUUUAUGCAUCCACUGUUUUGAAGUCAGUUGGGUUCCAGAGCAAUGAAGCAGCUAGCUUGGCCUCGACUGGAGUUGGAGUGGUUAAAGUGGUUAGUACAAUCCCAGCCACUGUUUUUGUGGAUCAAGUUGGAAGCAAAACCUUUCUGUGUGUUGGUUCUUCUAUUAUGGCAGUGUCACUGGUCACCAUGGGGUUGGUGAAUCUUAAUAUACACAUGAAUUUCACUAAUAUCUGUAGAAACCAGUUCCUGGAAGAUUCCAUUUUUCGUGAUCCAGGAAAUGUGAGUGCCAGCAAUGAGAGUCUCAAGGAGCAGUUUGCUAGUAUGCCUUCCCAGGGCAGAACAUCGCCAACCACGCUAAGAAAAUCUGAAAUUGCUAAGGCGGAGGAGCAGAACAGCACAGCCUUGGCAGGAGAAAGGACCUCUGCAGCAAGCCAAACAGCAUCCCACAUAGUAAUAGACACUGUGGAAGUUCCAGUUGCUCUGAAAUGGCUGUCUUUAGCCAGCUUGCUUGUUUAUGUUGCUGCUUUUUCCAUAGGUCUUGGACCAAUGACCUGGCUAGUGCUGAGUGAAAUUUUCCCUGGUGGGAUCAGAGGACGGGCCAUGGCUUUAACCUCUAGCAUGAACUGGGGUAUAAAUCUCCUCAUCUCCUUGACAUUUUUGACUGUAACUGACCUAAUUGGUCUGCCAUGGGUGUGUUUCAUUUACUCAAUAAUGAGUCUAGCAUCACUGGCUUUCAUCAUUGUGUUCAUACCAGAGACAAAGGGAUGCUCUUUAGAGCAAAUAUCCAUGGAACUAGCUAAACAGAAGUAUACAAAGAGCUCCCUUUGUUGGAUGGGCCAACGCAGAGAGAAACUAGUGCCAAUAGAACUUCCCAAGAAAGAUCAUCAUGAGCCUUUCUACUAGACUGGAGAAGGAUAUUUGUCCAAGGGCUACCAAGAAAGUUUCUCUAGAGAACUAAUGCUCAAAACCAUUCUGCAGUACUGACACUACUACACAACACUCAGUCUGUACUCCAUUCUUUAGUAGCUUUAUAUUGUCACUGAAAGAAAAAACAUUUAAGAUUUUUGUAGUUUAAAGUUUAUUAAAAUGGCUUAAAAUAAGUAAAGCCAACAUUCCUCACCUCCUCCAAAUUAACCAACCUCUGAAAUAUGGGAGGUGGAUGGGUAUGGAAAUAAAACAAUUACAAUAUUUAACAUAGGGAUAACCACACUCCUAACCUCUUCAACUUGUGGGGAGCCUCAGGGAGAUGGAAGGGAUUGAUAUCUCUUCUAUCCUAGCAACUGGAGACAGGAACAAUCAGAGAUGACUUCAAGAUCACUUUGUGUUGCAGCACAGGUCACAUUAGACUGGAAGCCUUGAAUAUAUAAAAGGAAGAAUCUGUGCAGUGCAGU